UCGAUGGUGACGAUGAAGCAGAACUGAAGCCACGAAUCUUGAGUGGCGGAGUUGGCAUCUGAUGAUGGGGCUUGUUGAGGCGCGUGCCAACUACACUGCAAAAGCACUGGUGUUCGAGAGUCCGCCCAGAGCUUUUUGUGCCUAGCUGCUUCCUGAGAGCUUGGCGAGCAAGGAUAUCCCUGGACCAAUGAGAGCGCUGCGCACAAGCGGCGUCAUUCGUCGUGGAGGCCGAGGCUUGAUGACGGAACAGCGCAUGAGCAGGCCCAGGACAGCUUCCCGAAACAUGUUAUUAGGCUGGACAAGGAUCGAAGUGGCUGGGGUGCUCGUGUUGGAUGUUUGGGUGGCUCGAUCAUCGAACGCGCUUCGACCAGGACUCGUCGUACACGAUUUGGAGCCACGGAGAAGGCGUCGGAGGUGUUUGAGAAGUUUAGUUGAAGCUCGCCCAAAAGCCACGACACAAGUUAAAACUCGAUGGCAGAAAUGUUUGGAUCCUGGUUCACACCUUGUCGAUGAUAACCCCUGUCGUGCAAUGAUGCUAGCAAGAGGGGAUCAACGAGCUGCGUGUACUUCACCUUCAUCCAAGCAGCAAAUCGCCCACCUUGUCCGCGGUCAGGUCUUAAUCUCGCCAUGCCGUGCCUCCAAAUGACGGAAAUUGCACUUCCUGUCCGUAUCGUUGUUGAUACGCAUUGCCAUGA